CACUCGGGGCGGGCCGAAGACGGGCGCAAGCGUAGUGCCUUCUGAGCCUCGGGACCCCCGUCUCGGGAGAGACUAUGGCGCUCAACAAGAAUCAUUCGGAGGGCGGCGGAGUGAUCGUCAACAACACGGAGAGCAUCCUCAUGUCCUUUGAUCAUGUGGAGCUUACAUUCGACAUGAAGAACAUGCCCGAGGCUUUCAAAGGCACCAAGAAGGGCACCAUCUAUCUUACCCCCUACCGGGUCAUCUUCCUGUCCAAAGGGAAGGAUGCCAUGCAGUCCUUCAUGAUGCCCUUUUACCUGAUGAAGGACUGCGAGAUCAAGCAGCCCGUGUUUGGGGCCAACUACAUCAAGGGGAUGGUGAAGGCCGAAGCUGGAGGUGGCUGGGAGGGUGCUGCAUCCUACAAAUUGACCUUCACAGCGGGGGGCGCCAUUGAGUUCGGACAGCGCAUGCUCCAGGUGGCAUCUCAAGCGUCCAGAGGUGAAGCCCCCAGUGGAGCCUAUGGGUACCCUUACAUGCCCAGUGGGGCCUAUGUCUUUCCCCCGCCAGUCGCCAAUGGAAUGUACCCCUGCCCUCCUGGCUACCCCUACCCACCGCCCCCACCUGAGUUCUAUCCAGGACCUCCCAUGAUGGAUGGGGCCAUGGGAUACAUGCAGCCCCCACCACCACCCUACCCUGGGCCUAUGGAACCUCCGCUCAGCGGCCCCGACGUCCCCUCCACUCCUGCAGCCGAGGCUAAAGCCGCAGAAGCAGCUGCCAGCGCCUAUUACAACCCAGGCAACCCGCACAACGUGUACAUGCCCACGAGCCAGCCCCCCCCACCCCCUUACUACCCCCCAGAAGAUAAGAAGACACAGUAGACCCCGCCCACUUCCCUCCCCCUCCCUGCCCCCUGCUCUUUCCCACCGUUCCAGGCGGCCUCUGGGGUGAGGGAGGGAGGGCCUUGGUCUUCCUCUAGGUCUGAUUAUAAACAGUUCCCAGGAAGUGCUGCUGCCGGAAGGGCGGGGCCCUGGCCUUGGACGGCGCCCCAACUGCCCGCUAGCUCCAAGCGCAGGGCUGACCAGCCUUCAGCCCAGCCUGCCGCUCCCAGCCCUGGGGCUUUCCUGGGGAGCGGAGAGGGCCCUGGUUCCUGUUCCUCUCCUUUAGCUCCUCCCCAUGGAGGGACUCUCUGGCCACCUCCUCCACUUCAGUCCAGCUCCUCUGCUUCGCUCUUGACCUCCUGGGCUCUGUCAGACCAGCUGUGUGUCUUCCCCACCGGGCCCUGCAGGGCCUGUCACAUUCCCCACGCUGGUCUGUCGUGCAGCCCUGGUCAUGCCCAGCCACAUUGCCUUGUCCUUGCUUGUUCUCUGCCAACCUCUGACUUUGGGGGCCCAGUGGCCCAGCAGACAAGGCCACUGCACCUGGGGAGGGAGCUGCUCUGCUUCCUACUGGCACCCCUAAACCUGCCUUCCCGCCAGAUGGGGCUUCCUAAGGGAGUUGGAGAACGCAUGUGUCCCCUCAAGCUGGCAAGCAGAGCCUUGACCCCGUGCGCUGCCCACAACCUGCCACCUACCCUCAGCCAUCCUCUGCCCUGUGCCCUCCGCCCCUGGAUGCACUAACAUUUUGCUUUACAUUUGUUCCUGGACUGGCCACUAAGUGAGGAGAUGGUUAUUUAAAGAGAAUUCCCUAUUUAUUUGACAAAAAGAAUCCAGUUAAUAUAUUAAUGUAAAAUAAACCCUGUUUGCACCUUGGUUUGUUUGCUAAAAAUGUGAAAUAAUAAAAAUGAAGUAACUGGA